GUCUUUGCCCUACCUUGCCAUUGCCAGUGGCCGUCGUGCCGGGCUCACAGUGGUUAUUUAUAUUCUCUUUGACAUUAUUUAUUAAUAUCUGUGAUUGUGUGUUAAUAUUUGUGGUCGGGUCCACUGACGUUAAUAAAAAACUAUUUAUUUUACAAGGGUUGUUUGAAUUAUUCAUUCUUUCUACCAAUUAACGUAAUUGGUUCACAAAACAUUUCUUUCAGAACCAUUUAUAUGACUGUUUUCCUUCUGUGCUUAGGGACUAAGUAGAAGCUAUCACCAUGUUGCUGGUGAUGCACAAUUUGCCUUCUCAUAUGACAUACAGUGAUAUAAAAAAAUUCAUCAACAACAAAUGUUAUGUGGAAGACAUUAUAUUGGACAAGUUGAUAAAGGAUGGGCCGACCACGAAGCAGGUUACAAUAGGAGUAGCUAAGGAAGAAGAUGCUGUAAAUAUUGUGCACACAUUAAAUGGGACAUAUGUGGAAGGACAGCAAAUUUUUGUUGAAGACGUUAGAAAAAGCAAGUCACAAACCACAUUGGACACAAACUCAACUAUACACUAUUCUAAUAAAAAUCCAUUGAUCAAUCAAAACCCAAUGACUGGUUUCAUCAAUCCUUUGAGCGCGCAAACUGCCCAUCCUUCGAGUGCGCAAACUGCCCAUCCUUCGAGUGGGCAAACUGCCACAGGAUAUGGUUAUGCUAUGACCAAUCAGAACACUACAUAUGGAUAUCAAAACUAUCAGGUCAUGGACCAACAGAUGGUGCAAAAUUAUGCUGGAUAUAAUGCCAUGGGAAUGUACGGAAUGGCAGUGCCGAUACAGAGCACUAUUGUGGCAUACGGGAAUCAACAAGGGCAACAGGCGCAACAGUUAAAUGCAACACAGGGUCAACCAAAAACAGCAAAUGUAUCUGGGUAUGGAUAUACUAAAUCCAGUAAUGAAAAAGCCUGUGAACCGGAUAAGAAACAAGGCUCUCAUCAAUAUUCUGGAGGAAAUAAUAAAGAAUUUGGUUAUCGGGAGUCCAACUACGAGGUCCCUAAGCAAGGAAGGGGUUAUGACUUUGACCCAAGAUUCAAUUCGGAUUCAAGGGGAUUUACCUAUCAAGAGUCUAGGGCUCCCCGCGAAGUAAGCGCAUUGCCUCAAAAGAGGGAUGCUGGUCGGAAACGAAGUUAUAGCCCUGAAAGAGGUGACAGGUACUCGAAUAAAAAUAGAUUUCAAUCAGAUCGGUUUGAAGGCAACCGAGGUUUUGAUGAAAGGGGUUCGCGCGACGAGCGUUUCGGGGGCAAUCAAAGCAUUGCCAAUGCGCGUGAUAAAGGUUUUGCAGGCAAUCAAAGUCGAGGUUUUGAUAAUCGCGAUUCGCGUGAUAAUAGGUUCGGAGGAAACCAAAUUAAAAAUUCAAGAUGGGAUUCCGCUGAAAAUCAAAAUCGCGGUGGACCGUCUCGGGAUACCUAUUCUGUGAAGCCUACACCAUCACCUUAUAGGCUUAUCAAUCCUAGCGAUUCUCAUUCGCGGUCAAAUACUUGGAACACUAAAUUUGAUAAACCUCAAUCUAAACCUUUUGGUGGCAAGCUAAAUGAAAAAAAUUUCGAUAUAAGUCGGCCAAAUGAUCGAAAUGAUACUAAACCUGGAAUAAAAUGGAAUCGUAACCCACCCCCUCAUUUUUUGCAAAACUCCCCAACAAAACCUGCGGUUCCCGAAAAACGCUUCAAAACUGAUGAACAUAUAUCUGGAAGUGAAGCCAAACUAGACCAGAAAACGAUUAACAGGGCUAUAUCUUGGCGCGGCCAAGCCGUAUCGUUCAUAGUUAAAAACAUUAUGAACCGCCUUUGGGUAUUUAAGGAUGCUAACCAACCUGGAAAGAAACAUUAUCAAGAAUGUCAGCGUAUGUUAAAAGUUGCAUUGAACAGCCGACUAGACGAGAUAAUACAGCGGACGUUUCCGAACAAUUCGUACCCUCUUCUGCAAGAAGAGGAGGUAGUAAAGUUAUACAGGUCGACGCAUCCACAAAAUCAGGAUAAAAAAUUGUUUAACGUCAUUUUUCAAAAGUCUAAGCCAGAGGUGAAACCAGAGGAUCAAAAACCAAUAAAGGUCCCAACCGACACCAAAGUAUCCCAACCCCAACCUUUGUUGAGCGGACCUGUAGCAAAAUCGGCGCCGACAGAAAAGUUCUACAAUUUCGCAAAGACGCCAUCGGCACCACCUUCACAGGUUCCACCUUCUCAAUUUAAACAAGUACCUCCCGUGUUAAAACAAAAACCCGGGAAGAAACCGAGGCCGGUUGAUUUAGUUAAGCAGGCGAGGCGAGAGCAAAAGCAGUUGGAUAAGAAGGAGUUUCUCGAGGAAGACUUGUACAAAUGCCCAACGCCACAACUUGAGAAGGCUCUCAAAGACGAACUGGAUGAAAUCACCGAAGUCUUUAACAGCGCCAUCGAUGAUUUCCCUAAUGAAACGCCAGAGGACAAUGUUAUCGGGCAGGCCAUAGUGAACAGAGCGAGCGGGGAGUUCAGAUCGGUAAUACGCCUUCACACAAUAAAGAGGAUUAUAAACCAAACGUCCACACUGGUCGUUCGCGUUUUCAUUAAUGGAGGGAAAGCGCCUAAGACUGACGUGGAGCAAGCGCUGUUGCCGUACGGAAUCACUUCUCUCAAGGCUUCGAACAGGUCCAAAACUCAAAUGUUGGUCGCCAGUGUGGAUUCCCAUGAGAAUUUCGAUAAUCUGUGCACUCAUCCCGGCAUACCGAUUCAAGGAAGAGACGGUUUAUGUCUCGUGACCUGCAAACCUCUGCACCUGACAAUACCUUUCAAAUUCCGGCGGCUUUUACGUCGAAAGCAGCGCGCUGAAGUAAGCGACGACGAAGAAGGCUCAGAAAUUGGUGAAGAAGUGCCUGUUGAUGGUGAAUAUGAUGACGUCAUUGAAGUUAUUAAAGAGCCAGACGUGAUAGAAAUUAGUGGUGAUGAAAGCACAUUCAAUAUUCCAAAUGAUACAGAAAAUUCAGAGGAAGUUGAAGUUCCAAAUCCUAGUACAAGCAAAGACAAUGUUGAUAAUGAAAACAGUCCUGCUGCAAAAAUAGACAGUUCUGCUAACAUAAUAGAUAGUGCUGCUAACAUAAACGCCAGUAUUGCUAGCGCAAAAAAUAGUGCUGGUAACACAAUAAAUAGUGCUAGUAACAUAAAUACUAGUGUUGGUAACACAAUAGGUAGUGCUAGUAACAUAAAUACUAGUGUUGGUAACACAAAAGAUAGCGCUGGUAACAUUAAUACAAGUGUUGGUAGUAUAAAAGAUAGUGCUGGAAACUUUAAUACCAGUGUUGGUAACACAAUAGAUAGUGCUAGUAACAUUAAUAGCAAUGUUGCUAACAAAAAAGAUAAAGCUUCAAAUGAGAUGAUAGAUUUGACAGCGGAAGACUUUGGUGAUGAACUAGAUGAUUCUGUUGUUGAAAUAGAUGAAGAAGGAAUAAUGGAAGAUGAUUUGGAGGAUUAUUGAUAGCUUCGCCUUGUUGUGCAAGAUUUUCUGAGAAAAAGUGUAUUAGUAUCAUAACUGCCCAGAAAUUUAUAUAAAAGAACAGUUAAAGAAAUCAUGACUUAACUUGCUUAAGGCUACAUCUUGAACCAUACAUCAAAUAAGUAAUGUGCAUACAAAAACACAAGCAAUUGUAAUAUUUGAUUUCUUAUGGUUAUUUAUAUUUGAUUUCUUAUGGUUACUUAUGGUUAAUA